CCGCUGAGGAGGACCUUGAGGGCCAACCCGGCCUCCUCUCCCGUUGUGCGCCUGCGCGAGCCUUCUCCGUCCUUGGCGUUGCCGCUGCAGCUGUGCCUCAGAGGGAACCGUGAGGGCAGCCGCCAUGCAGACGUGGAGCCGAGUCUGUUGCGCUCUCGUCAAGAGAGGCCAUUUUAACCGGAUCCAUCAUGGCUUACAAGGCAUUUCUGUGGUGCCUUUAAGAACCUAUGCUGACCAAGUUGAUGCUGAUAUAACAGUCAUUGGUUCUGGUCCAGGGGGUUAUGUUGCGGCUAUCAAAUCUGCUCAGCUUGGCUUUAAGACAGUCUGUGUGGAGAAGAAUGAAACAUUAGGUGGAACCUGUUUGAAUGUUGGGUGUAUACCUUCUAAGGCCUUACUAAACAAUUCACAUUUUUACCAUUUGGCUCAUGGAAAAGACUUCGCGAGCAGAGGAAUUGAAAUUACAGGACUUCGGCUGAAUUUAGAGAAGAUGAUGGAACAGAAGAGUGGUGCAGUGAAAGCCUUAACCGGUGGAAUUGCUCAUUUGUUUAAACAGAACAAGGUAACACAUGUGCCUGGAUUUGGAAAAAUAACAGGCAAAAACCAGGUCACAGCAACGAAAGAAGAUGGCAGCACUCAAGUUAUUAAUACAAAGAACAUCCUUAUAGCUACAGGCUCAGAAGUGACACCUUUUCCAGGAAUUACGAUUGAUGAAGAAACAAUAGUAUCAUCUACUGGUGCACUGUCGCUGAAACAAGUCCCUGAAAAAAUGGUUGUCAUUGGUGCUGGAGUCAUUGGUGUGGAACUGGGCUCGGUCUGGCAGCGCCUAGGUGCUGAUGUGACAGCUGUGGAAUUCUUGGGCCAUGUUGGUGGAUUGGGCAUCGACAUGGAGAUAUCGAAAAACUUCCAACGUAUUCUCCAAAAGCAAGGGCUUAAAUUUAAACUAAAUACCAAAGUUACAGGUGCUACCAAGAAACCGGAUGGAAAGAUUGAUGUUGCGAUUGAAGCUGCUGCUGGUGGCAAGGCAGAAGUGAUUACUUGUGAUGUCCUUUUGGUUUGCAUUGGGCGACGUCCUUUCACUAAAAAUCUUGGUCUGGAAGAUGUUGGUAUCGAACUGGAUAACAGGGGUAGAAUCCCCAUCAACAACAGAUUCCAAACCAAAGUGCCAAACAUUUAUGCUAUUGGUGAUGUAGUUGCUGGGCCAAUGCUUGCCCAUAAAGCUGAAGAUGAAGGUAUUCUUUGCGUUGAGGGAAUAGCUGGAGGUGCAGUUCAUAUUGACUACAACUGUGUGCCUUCAGUAGUUUAUACACACCCUGAAGUUGCCUGGAUCGGCAAAUCUGAAGAACUGCUGAAAGAAGAGGGGAUAGAGUACAAAGUUGGGAAAUUUCCUUUUGCUGCUAACAGCAGAGCAAAGACCAAUGCUGAUACAGAUGGGUUGGUGAAGAUGCUAAGCCACAAAACAACUGACAGGAUGCUCGGAGCUCAUAUUCUAGGCGCAGGGGCUGGAGAAAUGAUCAAUGAAGCUGCUCUUGCAAUGGAAUACGGAGCAUCGUGUGAAGAUGUAGCUAGAGUUUGCCAUGCACAUCCAACUGUAUCUGAAGCCUUCAGGGAAGCGAACCUGGCAGCAUCAUUUGGCAAAGCUAUCAACUUCUAAAAUGAAAGGAUAUCAAUGGUGUACAAAGCUUAUUUUCCUGUAAAGACUAGAGGCUUUGUAGAAAGCUUGGUCUUUGGAAUGUUUCUCAGACGACUUCAAUGAACUUUUGUUUAAAAUGCAAAAUAUUUAAAACAGUAUGAGGUUGUGGAGAGGGGAAAGCACCAACACAUGUAUAUUGAAUAUAUUGAUUUCUGUUUGUUUCUACAUUCUGAGUUUGGCAGGAUACAAGCAAUGGAGAUCACUGCUUAAGAUUGUAGAGUCCUUCACAGUUCCAUCAUGUUGCUGGGCAAAAUAUAAUGGCUCAUUAUUAUCUAGCGUUCUGUUGUUGAUGAGGAACCUUGACUACAGUGGGUUGACACUAUAUGCUGCUGUCACCUUCGCACAUUGCUAUUGUAAUUUCAAUGAAAGGAAUAAGCAAUACAGCCGGCCCUCUGCAUUUCUGGCUUUGACUUUUUAGGAUUUGGUUAUUCAUAGAUAUGAUUAAAAUACUCAAGCUCCUUCCACACAACUCUGAAUAAAAUUCCACAUGAACUGCUUUGAACUGGAAUAUAUGGCAGUGUGGAUUUGAUAACCCAGUUCAAAGCAGAUAUUGUGAGAUUUUCUGCCUUGAUAUUCUGGGAUAUAGGGUUUUGUGGAAGGGCUCUCCCUCUAGGAUCUCUAGGCACUCCAGUGAUCAUAGUAUUAAAGUAAAGGACCUAGAAAUUCCUUGAGAGAACAUCUCUCUGCGAACUUUAAGUCCUCUAAAUACAGAGUGAGGCAGCAUAACUUCCUUUUUUCAAAACUUAAUAAAACCCAUUGUAUGAAUCGGAUUUUUUUUAUUUUUUUAUAAUGUAGGUGCAUACAUAAAGUUUCGUUUUACGUAGUUUGGAAGAUUAAAUUAGGUGGCAUCCCCCAUUCUCCAUACAAUGAGUAAACCGAUUUCUGCUGUUUGUCAUGACUCUUGCCAGCAUAGCAGGCGUUAUGUUGGCAAUUUCUUCCUGGAUGUUGGUCUUCAAAUCUUGUAGGGCCCUUGGAUGGUUCACAUAAACACGGGAUUUCAAAAAAAAAAAAAACCAUAGAAAAAAAUCACAAGGGGCCAAAUCUGGAGAGCGGGACGGCCACUCCAAAUCCGUGCGAAAAGUAGGCCUCAACAGCAAAAGCACGCUCCUCACUGUUCCAACGCAUGAUGGCGACUGAACUGUGUCAGGACAAAACUUUAUACUCCCGCCUCUUGAACAAGACCACUAGCGCUCCACUACGUCUUCAACCGACUGAAUGGCGCACAUUUUAAAAAAGGAAGUUAUGCUGCCUCACCCUGUACAAUCCAGUUCUAGUUGACCAUAGAGCCAUGCUGAAGAAGCUAGAUAAUCUUAGAGAGGGUGGUAUAAAAACAGAUAAAAAAGAAAGAAAACAAUAUUUGGUUUUUUAAAAAAACUUUGGCAGGGGUCCUUUGCCCCUAAAAUCUACAAUUAACUGUAGAUUUUAUUGCAUACUUUUUUUUUUUUUUGCAUUGCUCUAAACUAAAGCUAGACUUGAUAGUGCAGAGGACUUCAAAAUGUAUGGACCUGAUUUUGCUUUAUGCCUUUUUUUAAAUACUGAAAAUACCUCCACUUUAGUGAAAUUGCAAAAUUCUUUCAGAGAACACCAAUGGAGUGGGGAAAACAUUGAUAAGAAUCCUCUCUUUUCUGCUUAAUUUUAAAAAAUGUGGUUGCAAACUUUAAAAAAAUCUCUGAAAUGACAAGUGAAAAGCUGCAAGUGGCUGAGAUCAGUUUUGAAUUGUUUUGUUAACAGGAUACGUUGGCUAUGCAAUUUGGCUAUAGCUUUUAAAUUAUGGACUGUAAUGGUUUUCUUCCUGAUAGUAAUGUAUAAAUGAUAAUGUUUUCAGUCGGGUGUGUUGAGGUGUUCCGAUAGACGUUACUGCUGCCGACACACAGUUUCAAAAAGACUUGGGUAAAAGAAUGGGAACUAAGGAAAGAUUAACAUUUAUUUUGAGGCAUUUUUUAACUUUAGAUACAGAAUGGUCACUAUAAGAAUUGGUUUAGGAGUAUAGGUUCAUGCCUGGGACAGAAAUGAAGACAUGUGUGCUGCAUAAAGUAUUACAAAAUAGUUUGAUACACAAACAGGCCUCUUUUCAAACUUCCCCAAUUUAGUUCAACAGAAUGGCGACUUUGAUUUGCUUUGAGUCUCCUUUGUGGAGAGAAAAAGUGGGGUAUAAAUAAAGAUAAUAAUUUUUUGGAAAAAAA